CUGACGCCACGCGGCGACGCGGUCACGACGCUCUCGCUCGAGGCCAUCGACGAGCGGUACCUGCUCGCGGGCUGCGCCGACGCGUCGGUCGCGCUGUACGACGUGGCAGACACGCCGAGCGCACCGCCCCGCGGCCCUCCGCAGCCGCGCCGUCCCGUCGUGCAGGCCACGCGGCGGUCUUGCCGGUCGGGCCACACGGGCGCCGUCGCGUGCGUGCAGUGGUUUCCGCACGACACGGGCGCCUUCGUCUCGGGCGGCUACGACGCGCUCGUCAAGCUGUGGGACACAAACACCAUGAGCCCCGCCUGUGACUUUGAGUCGGCGGGCCGCGUCCACUGCGUCUGCAUGUCCGAGGUGGCGUCGCGGCACAACCUGAUCGCCGCGUGCGCCGACGGCGACGACAGGGAGGUCGUCCUGUACGACCCGAACGUCGGCCACGCCGCCCACCGCCUCUGCGGCCACCGUGGUGUUCCGUGGGCGCUCGCCUGGUCGCCGCGGGACGAGCACCACCUCGUCUCGGGCGGCUCCGACGGCUCUCUCCGCCUCUGGGACAUCCGCAAGAACAUCCGCGGCUGCCUCCGCUCCUUCGAC